AUGCAAGACAAGAGGAAGCUAUUGGACCAGCCAUUACAUGGUAUUUAUAUACCCAUAGGGCUCCUUCUAUUUGGAACAUGGUUGUUCAGUUGGUCGUAUAUGCCAUAUACCAUUGCAUUUAUUGUAAUUGUUUUUUCCAUCAGAUAUUAUGGAGCACUCAAACGAAGAACAUCAAUUGACAAGAAUAUAUGGAGGGACUUUGAAUUAAUAGAUAAGACGCUUAUUGCACCGAUGACCUCGAUCUACCGAUUUAAAUUAUAUCGAGACGAUGAAGUUUUAGAUAUACCCACGGGUCACCAUUUGGCAUGUUGUUUCACAAUCAAUGGUAAAGAUGAGGUGCGUUUUUAUUCUCCAAUACUGAAUCAAUUCGAUGCUGGGUUUUUUGAUAUACUAGUAAAACAUUAUGAAAUGGGAAAAGUAACACGUAAACUUGCCCAACUACAAAUUGGACAAACUGCCAAGUUUAGAGGGUUUGUAGGUAAUUUAAACUACCGACCAGGGAUGGCUAAGGAAAUCGGACUAAUUGCGGGUGGCACGGGAAUAACUCCGAUACUACAAGUGAUAACUCGUGUAAUUACCAAUUUGGAAGAUGAUACGAAAUUGAAACUAAUCUAUGGUAACGAAACGGAGAAGGACAUUUUACUCAAGAAUGAAAUCGACGAAAUCGCGGCAAAGUAUCCUAAUUUUAAUGUUCAUUACACUGUAACUUAUCCCGACCCCGAGUGGGACGGUAGUAAAGGGUACAUCAACCGUGAAAUGAUUGAACAAUAUGGCCCUGAAGUAAGUGAUGAGAAUAUGUUGUUCAUUUGUGGUCCACCCGAGAUGAAGAGAAAUUUAUUUGCAUUGACUCAGGAAAUGGGAUGGAAACAAGACAAUGUUUUUUGUUUUUAG